UUAGGUUAUGAAUUGUUGUGAUAAGUGUGAUUGUAAUCGUCUGAUUGUAGUGUAAUUCUUCUAAAUUUUAAUGAUUUUGAGAUAGUAAUCAAUUCCAACGAUAUCGUUACACUUAUUUAUGCGAAUCUAUGUUUCUCGCUACAAUGUUUUCAUAGGGAGGUACUCUGCAUAAUCACAUUAAACUCGGUGCUCAGAUUAUCAUCCAACAUGAUUAAAGCUAUACUGGUUUUCAAUAAUCAUGGGAAACCCAGAUUGUCCAAAUUUUAUCAUUAUUUCAAUGAAGACAUGCAGCAACAAAUUAUCAAAGAAACUUUUCAGCUAGUAUCCAAGAGAGACGAUAAUAUUUGUAAUUUUCUCGAAGGUGGCAGCCUGAUCGGUGGAUCUGACUUCAAGCUUAUUUAUCGGCAUUAUGCAACGCUGUAUUUUGUUUUUUGUGUUGAUUCUUCUGAGUCAGAAUUAGGGAUCCUAGACUUAAUUCAAGUUUUUGUGGAAACGCUAGAUAAAUGCUUUGAAAACGUCUGUGAGCUAGACUUAAUAUUUCAUGUUGACAAGGUGCACUAUAUUUUGAAUGAGUUGGUAAUGGGAGGCAUGGUAUUGGAAACUAAUAUGUCAGAAAUUCUGAAUCGAAUAGAAGACCAAAAUAGAAUGGAAAAGCAAGAGGCAGGCAUAUCUGGGGCUCCUUCGAGAGCAGUAUCUGCUGUGAAAAAUAUCAAUAUUCCUCAGCAGUUGAAAGAUAUCAAGCUACCAGACCUGCCGCAGGCAAUCAAAGAACUGAAAUUCUGACAUCGUACCCCACCUCCGCCCAACACAAUUCCCUUGACUUCAUCGCAAUCUUCAAAUGAGUGAGACACCAAGUCUCACUCAAUAACUGAAUUCUAGUUCAACUCAUAUCAUCCUAGUUAGUGUUUUUUGAUCCGGAAAGGUGAUAAAAGCAAAAAGACCUUUGUACAGUUGUUAUCAAAAUGCACUCGCUAUCUCUUGUAAAAAUAUCAUAGGUUGAUAGUUGAUCAGGCUCAGAGUUGGGUUGCAAAUUAUCUACAAUUUCACUUUGGAAUUUGCAGCUGUUGCUAAGAUUCAUUGAAUGUUCUUCAGAAUAUCAGCUGACAAGAGUUUUUGAAUAAUGUAAGGUCUACACUUUCAGGGAAAGUUCUCUGACAAUGGUCAUAAAAUAAUUUAUACUAAUGCCGUUCAACGAAAUGAUAAUAACCUCUGAGUAAAAUCUGUUUCUAUUAUAGUUAUCUGUUCUAUAAAAUCGGUUUGGAAACCUGCUAUGGUCAAGUUUUAUAUGUUUCAUCUGGAGACAAAAGGAAAGAUCAACCCUGAUGUUUUCCUCAUAGUUCUUAAAACACUUUACCUUAAAAUGAUGGCAAACAAACUCAAACCAUUUCCUGCUCUUUCACUCUCACCUGAUAAUUGACAGGUUUUUAACUUAUUCCGCUCCAGAAAUUUUAAAGGGGUACAUCCUUUUAUUAAAACAAGAGAAUUCCUAAUGCAGUGUUGCCUUGAUAAAAAUAAUUGAAAUUGCAAGAAGAGAGCUGUACUAAUGAAACUAAGAAGAUGAAAAUAUAUAAAAAAAAAUAGUGUAUUUUCUUCGGAAAAUACACUAAAAAAUGUGCAGAGAACAAGGCAUUGGCUAAUUUGCUCUCAUAUUAUGGUAAGGCUUACACAUAAGAAUCCACUAUUAAGUCAACUUAGAGACAGGAAGAGCAGGAAUAUUGUUUUAAAAUUCAAUUAGCUGUAUUGAAGCCAGUUGCUUAGCACCAUGAUUCAAUAAAAUUUUUGCAUUCAGCAGGAAUCGGACAACUGUAACUUGCCAAUGAUGUAUCUUUUAGGGAAAAGAACAACAAUGAGGUUAAUAGGUGAGGUUCAGUUAUAACAGUAAUACAUUUGCAUUUUAUCCCUCUCAAGAUUAUACAUUUUUGAAGAUUUUGUUGUUCGCCCUUUGUGAAUGUCGAUCAUUGAGAGCCCCUUGUAAACAUUCCGUAUUUUUAUAAUUCAUUAGUUCAUUACUUCUUAACCUGUGGAACAGUUUCUUUUGUCAAUUCUAUUUACUCUGAUUAUCUAUGAGGAUGGCCAAGUAAGUCUAUGUCAAAGUUUUGUGACGUUGAAGUUUAGACUAAAUCAGUCUUUACUUUUCAAAUAUAUUGAUUAGAAAAUAUGUACGCACAUAUACUGUGACGGAUUCAUCUGGUAGUAAAACCCGUUGUAUUUUUCUCGAUUUGAUCACACACUCGUCAGAAACCUUUACAGUCAUGCUAAAGUUUACAUCAUCUGUCAUCUCGGUUUUUUACUUCAGAUGCACUCUGGUACAGCACUUUCAAAGUUGUUCCUGACAAGUUUAUGCUCAAACAUUAUAAAAUGAUGUCCGAAAUUUUACGAAAUUAUAGAAUUUUAAAAAGGUUCCAACGACCUGUCUGAAAAGUUUGAAUCUAAAAGUAUUUGAAAAAAUGAAGUUCGGAGAUUCCAGUUAAGAUUUGGUGCCUGGUCAUCUACAGGAAUCCAGACUUCACCGUCAUGAAAGUAGCUUUAGACGGACAUGACUCUGAUUCAAAAAGGACUUAUCUUGCUUGAAAUCUUGCUACUUAUAUAUUAUUACAGGACCAUGAAAAAGGGGGAAAUGUAUAUGAUCUUAGUUCUUCAUCCCCAAAAAUUUUGACUCGCACUGCCGAAGCCUUGCAUUUUAGUGCCCGUCACUCACUCUUCUCUCCCUGUGUUUUCCAAUAGUAUAUUAUUAGCUUCAUGGUUUCCUCCCAUUAGGAAUCAUUCUUUCAGUUCAGAAGCGUUAUUUGCAUUGUUAAGCAUUAUUUUCUUAAUAGAGGAACUUGACUUGCAUACUGUAUUGUUUUUGUUUCUAUGUUUUCUUUUUUUGCAUGUACUCUUAAAUACCUUUAAAAAUGCUUGCAUCUUCAUAACCUCACUAAAUGUGCUAGUAGUUCUCCUUCACAAGAAUGGAAAAUACAUUAUAUGGAAUUCCAAUUUUGUAAAAUUGAAGGAAAUUAGAAAAAAACUUUGGAUCAUCGAGUUUCAAAAUGGUGAGAUUUCGAGGAGAAUAAAAAAAUGGGAUAAUUAUUUUUGCGACAUUCCAUUGUUUGUAUGAUUAGCCACCAACUGUUUUUUGGUUUUUUUGCCUGCCUCUUGCCUCCUAACUUAUCUGAUUUGACUAAGGUAUGCAUCACAGCAACAAUCAACUUUUGUUGUGCCUUAGUAUUUCUUCUUGGCAGUUCUCGGUUGUUGGGCUCAAUGAGCUGAUGGUUCACGGAUGGUUCCAAGCUGAUUGUAUCAGCUUUGAAAAAUCCGUUUUCCCUUCAAAAGGUAUCACAAUAUACCAGAACCAAAACUCUGGCAGGCUGGCUGCUUGUCGGCAAGACAAGACAAGACAACGUGCUGUGUAAUUAUCCGUACUAUGAAAUGCAUCGAUUCUCGAUGUCUUGCCGUGCUGCCUAAAGUCUCAACAAUCAACCAGCAGGUCUUUCUGUGCUCUUUCUGGCAUUUAGUGGAGCCUGCCACACAUAGCUGUUGUUUUGAGCCAGUGAUUUGAACAGAGUUCUGAGGAGAUGAGCAUUUUUUUUGUGUCACAACCAUUCCUGAGUAAAAUUGUGUGAGAAGUACGAUGCUACCAUUGUCCAAAAUACGCUCAGUCUUUAAUUCAAAUUCGUAAUAGGGAAACAUAAUACUGAAGUAAGAGAUUAUAAAUCCAUAAUUUUUUUUUAUUGGUUCCAAUCCUUAAUAUAAAGAUAGGGCUAACGUGAGACAUAUUUUGUACGAAGCAACUAAGCGUUGCUGUUUUUUUCUUACUCGAUUUUGAACAGCAAGGAUUUUUUUGAGCAGGGUUUAAGGUUGCGACUGAUAUCAGUUCUUACUAGCAUUGUCUUGGAAAUCGUGUUGAAAAACUACACAGACAUACCCCAAGGCACAUAGCAGUUAAUGCACACCAAUUUUGAACGUGAAAAUGUCUGCCACCGCAAUUCAGAACAAAA